GUUAAUAUGCAAUGGCGGCCGGCCUGUGGUGGUCUGCCGCCGUUAAAUGUCAAAUUUUAACGAAAAUUGUGUUGUAGUGAUUUGUUGAUGAGUUUUCCGGUCGUAGAGAAUGGCCGCGAAGGAACCGACCGACGUUGUUGAGUCGAUCGAUGAUGGCAUAGCCGAACCCGGAAUUGAGCCCGGCGCCUCCACGGAGACGAUGUUGGUCACCACUGACAGCUUCGACGAAUACGAGCAGGAAAUGAGCAGCAGCAUCGACGGUGACAGACAAAUGAAAGAGAGCACCAACAGCACCAUCUCCGAGAUCCAGGAAGACAAUGUGCAAGACAUUCCCACGACGCCCAACGUCGUCAGUCCGCAAGAGUCCGAGAAAACCCUUUCUCUGGACGAUGCCGAAAUGGAUGAAGUCACGCAUCAUUUGGGCCAAAGCAGCAUAGAUGCGGACCCACUGCGUUGCAAGACAUGGCUGGCGCAAAAAAAGCAUAUUUUCAUCUUGAGCCAGGCAGGAAAACCGAUAUAUUCUAGAUACAGUUCAGAAGACAAGCUAGUCACAGUUAUGGGAGUUAUGCAAGCUCUAGUGUCAUUUGUUCAAGCAGGCAGUGAUAUGAUUAGAUCGGUACAUGCAGGCGACACAAACUUUGUCUUCGUUGUGAAGGGUCCAUUGAUUUUAGUAGCAGUGUCCAAAACUUUGGAAAGUGUGCCUCAGCUCACUUUGCAAUUAACAUAUGUAUAUAAUCAGAUAAUCUCUGUGUUAACACAAUCUCAACUAAAUAGAGUAUAUGAUCAGAGGAGAAACUUUGAUCUAAGAAGAUUACUAAGCGGCAGUGAAAGACUGAUAGAUCAUUUAUUAAACUUUAUGGACAGAGAGCCAGCUUUCUUUUUAGGGGCUAUCAAAUGUUUGCCCUUGCUUCCUUCUAUGAGAAGUUCCAUUACACAAACUAUUAUUCAAACGUGUGCUAAAAUCAAGAAUUUAGUAUUUGCGAUACUUUUAGCUAACAAUCAAUUGGUUACACUAGUUAGAAUGAAUAAAUUUUUCCUACAUCCAAUGGAUUUGCACAUAAUACAAAAUCUGGUAGACAGCUCAGAGUCUCUUAAAACCGCUGAAAGCUGGACGCCGAUAUGUUUGCCGAAAUUUGACUCCAAUGGAUAUAUGCACGGUCACGUUUCAUAUCUGGCAGAAGAUUGCCAAGCGUGUUUAUUAUUACUCACAGUUGAUAGAGAUGUAUUUUUUGUGCUAUCAGAGGCUAAACAAAAAAUUGUAGAAAAAUUGCGGCGGACAAAUUGCCUGGAAGCGAUAAAUGAGUCUAUGAACAAACCAACGAUAACAACUGCUGACAUUGGGCUACCCGAGAUGCGACAUGUCUUGUAUAAAUGCAAAAGUACUGCGCAAUUUUGGAGCCCCGGACUUCAACCGCCUUAUACAACAGAUGAAGAAAUAGAGCGAUUACUAGGUCUUUAUCAAUGUUUGCAUCACAGAUUGCACUCUCCUAGUCGACCCUUGAAACUUAUAUUUCAGCAAUUGGAUAAAGAAACAAUGUUGGCAUGGGUUGCUUCUGGUUUCGAAUUAUAUGUAACAUUUGAGCCUUUGGUGACGAAACCAGACGCUAUCGAGGCAGUGAGCAAGCUGUUAAAGUGGAUAAAGAAGGAAGAAGAGAGAUUAUUCAUUCUGAACUCGCCUACGUUUUAAACAUCAAGUAUUUUGUUUUUAUGAAAUAUAUAGGAGCAUGUAUCUUUCGAGAAUAUGAUAUAAAAACGAGGGAAAUAUUCAUCGACCAAACGUCAUUUCAGCAAUAUGCAAGAUAUAUUGCAGUAAGAAUUCCAAAACAAUGCAUAAGUUUCUAAGGGCAGGAAUAUAGUUAUUAUUCGUCCAUUGUUAUACAUUGGUAACGAUAUUAUUCACUAUUUUUUUAUUUAAUAGAUCAAUUGUAAUAUAUAAUAUAUAAGCAAUGUGAAAAUGUACAUAUAUUUGAGCAUCUUAUACAGAUUUGAUUCCGGGAGUGUAUUAUAAUUUUAAUACGGAAUUCCCGCAACCGUUAUAUCAGCGUUGAAUACAUUCAAGAAAGAUUAAAAAAAGGAUUACUUAUU